UGAUUUUUGAUAUAUUACAGGGGGAUUUGGAAUGUUCCAUACAUUACUGGAGUCUACCUCAUCCAGAGAAAAGUUCUUGAAAACCCUGAAACACGGCCAAACUACAUCUUUAAGCUGUAUGACGCCGACAUGGCAAUGGCCACCAACAUGAGGGAAAAGGGAGUGUUCAUGUUUGUGAGUAACAUGGAGGACUAUGGACACUUGGUGGAUCCUGACUACUUCCCAACAAAGUACCUGCACAAUGAUAUGUGGCAGAUGAAGGCAAACCGGAAAGAUUGGGAGGAGCGUUAUAUCUCUCCUGAAUACUGGACAGCUCUCAGCCCUAAAGAACUCAAUCUAAUGCCAUGCCCUGAUGUUUAUUGGUUCCCAUUAUUUACACCAAGAUUCUGCACGGAACUCAUUGAAUUGGCAGAUGAUAAUGGUGGCUGGUCAGAUGGUGGCAACCAAGACCCCAGAUUGGCAGGAGGCUACGAAAAUGUGCCAACCGUAGAUAUUCACAUGAACCAGAUGGAAUAUGAACAAGAAUGGCUAUGGAUUCUCCGUCAUUAUGUGAAGCCACUAGCAGAAAAAGUCUUCUUGGGUUAUGAUAGUGAUCCAGCUCGGGCAAUCAUGAACUUCAUUGUACGAUACAGACCUACUGAGCAGUCCUUCCUUCGUCCCCAUCAUGAUUCGUCAACUUAUACAGUCAACAUUGGAUUGAAUCGGCAUAUUGAUUAUGAGGGAGGCGGUGCUCGAUUUAUUAGAUAUAAUUGCUCAGUAGUCAACACACGUGUCGGAUGGACAUUGAUGCAUCCAGGACGUCUCACCCACUACCAUGAAGGACUGCAGACUACAAAAGGCACACGUUAUAUCAUGGUUUCUUUUAUUGAUCCUUAAUAUGAUUGAUAAGCUUAACGUACAUUUUAUAUAUUUUUAUGAUCUUGAAGCACUUUAGUGGUAAUGUACCUUUUAUGUAUCAUGGUAAUGAUUAGUACAAUACUGAAUUUUCAAGUGAAAAAUUAUCAUGACAAAGAUCUGUCUUAAAGAAUUUCAUGUUUGUUGUGGAUGUUUGUAUUUUAAUUUUAAAAUUGUAAACAUAGUUAACCAAUUUAAAACUAAAUAUGUUUGUUAAUACAUUUUUUCCCAAGAUGUCAUUGUGCCUUGUCUCAUGCUAAGUUUUGUGAGUACCCUGUAAUCAUUCUAUAUAACGGAAUGAAGUGUGUAGACCGAGUCCACAAAAAGGAGGAUUCUGCUAAAUCAACUAUACAGCUAUACCUCUGGCAAUGAAGUGGAUGUGUUCAUGAAAUCCAUUCUGUCCUCAGAAACUUAGUUGUCAAAGUUAGAUUUUUCGAUGGAAGUAGUUUCCAAUCCUUUGUAUAAAAACUGCCAUCAUAAAUAAUAAAAAUGAUACAUAGCACAUUGUAAAAUACAAAUGCAGCUGCCCUGACAAUUUGCGAAUUUUUAAUUCGCAGACCUCGAUUAUUCGUAGAUGACACCCAGGAUGUACCCAAGAAUGUCAAAGAGUAGUUUUAAAGUUGCUGGCAUUUUCAUGGCUGGGACUGGGAGCCAUUCCUUCUAGAGACAGUAAUUUCUUUUACCUGUAUUGUAUAUGUGUUUGUGUGUGUGUGUGUGUAGACAAACGCACGCAAAAUACAUACAAAUAAAUAAUAAUGGGAAAAUCCUCUCACAAAUAAUCAGAAACAAGACAACAAAAUGUAUUAAAAAUGUGAGUCUACCUUCAAGUCAAUUCCGUGCUUUGUUAAGAUGUUAGCAAAAUAACUAGUAAAAAUUUCUAGUUUCUAUAAAAAUUGAGAGAUGCAUUUACUUACCCUUUUCAUUAGAGAAUUUAGCACUCACUUUAGGCAUGGUAACAAUUAUAUAUGUGCACACAUGCUGGAAGAAUACAAAAACACCUGGGAGACCACUACAAUGUAUACUGUAGUAAGGCAAAUCGGAAAACUCCCUUUAUCUAGUGGAAUCCUCUUCCAGCUGCAGAAGCAAAUACCAGCACAAAUUCCUUCCGCUAAAUCGAACAUCUCCUAAAGAGAACUCCGUUAUAAGGAAUGAUUACUGUACUCUACUUCUCUGUUGCAAACAAAACCAAUGCUCUGAAGCAGAUUCAGUACUUUAUUUGUUUAUCAGACUGAUUGUGCCAUAAGACAUUCCAGAACAGCAUAUAUUCUGGUACUGUAUAAUAAAGCUUUGUCAUAUCGGUUCA